AUGCUUAAAGCAAAACAAGUUCCCGGGACUACCCCCAAUAGAAUGACGAAAUUAGAGGAUGAGCACUAUUUUAUCGAUGAUAUCGUAUCAAUAAAAAAUUGCCAAAAGAGUAAGAUGUUUGUUAAGGAAGGAAAAAGAAUAGGCCCUGGGUCGUUCGGCACUGUAACACAGUCGUAUCUGUCAAACAACAGCAUUGAAUGGCUGGGACCGUAUGCUAUAAAAAGAGUGGUUAUAUCUCCCAAAGCACAGUCCCUGGAACUGGAGAUCUUGCAGAAUAUCAAACAUCCAAAUCUCGUCACUUUAGAGUUUUUCUUCGAAAGCCGGUGUGCUACCAAGGAUGGUGAAUACUUAUACCAGAAAAAUUUUGUUAUGGAGUAUAUUCCUCAAACAUUGAGUUCCGAAAUUCGUGAAUACUUCGAUAAUGGCUCCAAGGUUCCUACAAAACAUAUUAAGUUGUACACGUUUCAAAUACUUCGAGGACUUCUGACUUUACAUUCCAUGAACAUAUGCCAUGGCGAUCUCAAACCUACUAAUAUACUAAUCAUACCAAGUAGGGGUAUUGCUAAAAUAUGUGAUUUUGGCUCAGCACAGCGACUAAAGGAUAACGGAGAACUGAAGACAUAUUUUUGCUCGAGAUUUUACAGAGCACCUGAACUUCUUCUGAAUUUGAAAGAUUACUCUACGCAAAUAGAUAUAUGGUCACUUGGUUGCAUAAUAGGCGAAAUGAUAAAAGGACAACCUCUUUUCAAAGGUGAUAACGCCAACUCACAAUUGGAGGAGAUAGCCAAACUAUUAGGUCGACUUCCUAAAAGUUCUGUGGACAAAUCUCAACAAUUACAGAAUACCCUGCAUGACCAAAAAUUUAAGAAGUUUAUGCAUUGGUUCCCAUACAUGGAGUUUUUUGACGUGGAGUUCUUGCUGAAAGUGUUGGUCUACGACACCUCUGAAAGAUGGGAUGCUAAACGAUUGAUGGCUCACGAAUUUUUUGACGCGUUAAGACAUGAAACUUAUUUUUUACCAAGAGGUUCGAAUAUGCCAGUGCACUUACCUGAACUCUUUAAUUUUAGUGCAUUGGAGAAAAGGGGUCUUGGUCAGUACUAUAGUUCAAUUGUACCGCCUUUAGAUUAG